CAUAGGGUCCAGUCAGAGUACACUGUAUUCUGUACCUAAUGAAAUUACAGAUGGGACAAGCAAAUGGGACAAUAGAAAAAAUAUAACAACGUUAAGUAAUGCAUCUUCAAUGAAGACAAAUUCAAAAGGAACAUAUUGUGGUAUGGGAUUAUUUUUUUGUUACUCCUGCGGAAUAAUGGAAUUUCGUUUUUUAUACAUUUAUGGUGAUAUGGAGUAAAAGUCCGCCAUAUUCACUCACCACACCCGGAGUUCAACUAUUGGAGGCCUACCUCCUCGACCCCAAAAGUAAGUGUUAUCAAGAGAGUCAUGACUCUGGGCUCCGUAGGGGCCUGUUGCCUCAGCGAAGAGGGAAAGGAGGCUCGACGGAUCAACGACGAGAUCGAAAGACAGCUUCGCCGGGACAAGAAAGACUCGCGCCGCGAGUUUAAGCUGUUGCUUCUCGGGACUGGUGAGAGUGGGAAGAGCACCUUCAUAAAGCAGAUGAGGAUCAUCCAUGGGACGGGCUACUCCGAGGAGGACAAGCGAGGCUUCACCAAGCUGGUGUACCAGAACAUCUUCACUGCCAUGCAGUCCAUGAUCCAUGCUAUGGAGACCCUUCAGAUCCCUUACAAGUGUGAAGACAACCAGGGCCAUGCAAAUAUUGUCAUUGAAGUGGAUGUAGAGAAGGUCACAAUGUUUACAAAUCCGUACGUUGACGCCAUUAAGAGUCUAUGGAAUGACCCAGGGAUCCAGGAAUGCUACGAUCGGAAGAGGGAAUACCAGCUCUCAGACUCUGCCAAAUACUACUUGAAUGCACUGGACCGUAUAGCUGAGUCAUCUUAUGUCCCGACCCAGCAAGACGUGCUCAGGGUCAGGGUCCCUACCACAGGCAUCAUAGAGUACCCCUUUGACCUCCAGAGUGUGGUCUUCAGAAUGGUGGAUGUGGGUGGCCAGAGGUCCGAGAGGCGGAAAUGGAUCCACUGCUUUGAGAAUGUCACCUCCAUCAUGUUCCUGGUGGCUCUCAGUGAAUACGACCAGGUCCUGGUAGAAUCUGACAAUGAGAAUCGAAUGGAGGAAAGCAAAGCGUUGUUCAGGACAAUAAUAACCUACCCGUGGUUUAAAGAUUCCUCAAUCAUUCUAUUCUUGAAUAAGAUUGACUUAAUGCAGGAGAAAAUCUUGUUCUCACAUCUGGUGGAUUACUUCCCUGAAUAUGAUGGGCCCCAGCGGGACCCACAGGCAGGAAGAGAAUUCAUCUUGAAGAUGUUUGUGGACCUGAAUCCAGAUUGCGAUAAAAUCUACUCCCACUUCACCUGUGCCACUGACACGGAGAACAUUCGAUUUGUCUUUGCCGCCGUCAAGGACUUCAUUCUGCAGCUGAAUCUGAAGGAAUACAACUUGGUUUAAAGGCUCCAGCUGAAUCUGAAGUAGUACAACCUGGUUUAAAGGCUCCAGCUGAAUCUGAAGUAGUACAACUUGGAUUGAAGAAUCCAGCUGAAUUUUACGGAGUACAACCUGGUUUAAAGAUUCCAGCCCACCGCAGUUAGACUCUCUUUAAUGCAAUGUGAAGGAGUACAACCUGGUUUAAAGACUCCAGCUGAAUCUGAAGUAGUACAACUUGGAUUGAAGAAUCCAGAUGAAUUUUACGGAGUACAACCUGGUUUAAAGAUUCCAGCCCACCGCAGUUAGACUCUCUUUAAUGCAAUGUGAAGGAGUACAACCUGGUUUAAAGAUUCCAGCCCACCGCAGUUAGACUCUCUUUAAUGCAAUGUGAAGGAGUACAACCUGGUUUAAAGAUUCCAGCCCACCGCAGUUACAGACUCUCUUUAAUGCAAUGUGAAGGAGUACAACCUGGUUUAAAGAUUCCAGCCCACCGCAGUUACAGACUCCAAAAGCUGCAGCCAGAGACCAGGGCCUGGAGCCAUAGUACAGAUAGACUACUUCAGUAUGUCUGGUUGUCUUUCACUACGGUGAAACCCUACAGAGAAUUUACAUAAAUGACUGUAUUAUUUCAACUGUUCACCACUGCAUUAUUUUUUUGUUUAUGGGUAUCUUUGAUUUUGUUUACGAGGUGCAUCGUGAUGAUGAAUAUCACUGCCUUUUUGAGGAUAGAGGAUUCUGGUGUACAUUGAGAGUUAUUGAGAACUCUUUGUAAACCAUUUAAAACCCAUAACAGUGUAAACACACAUUUCAUCAGAUGAGAGUUAAAAAGUGCUUUGAUGUGCCUGGUGUCUGUCUGAGGACUGUUGACCGAUGGCUCUCUUGUCAAAGAAAGUCUGGUGGACAUUUAGAUAACUACUAUGAAUCACAUUACAUCCUCCAGCGGGUCAUAGUCACACUAGUGUUUCACCUAUAUGCAUUUAGCAGGGGAGCACUGCCACUACAUAAAAAAAUGUAGAUGUAUAGAUGUAUGCCCUCCCCACCUCCCGCAGAAGGACCCCACGAAUGCCUCAAACACUGCACAGUCUAUAAUGUGUUUUGUAUUGAGACGUGGUUUAAAUACAUUGUUUACGUAUUUAAAAUGAGUAGUCAUUCUCUGGGUCAGAGGAUAGAAGAAACAGUCAUAAUCAUCACCUAGAACACGUAAACUAGCAAACAGGUAUUAUUUGCACAAUUGACACAUUUUGUUGUUUUUCUAUUGGUGUAUAGCUAAGUGUUGCCAAAUUAAUAUUACCUCUAUUGAUUGAACACCCUCUACAAAAGGGUGAAAUCUGACGCUGUACCAUCAAAUUUCAGCCAAAACGCAUUUGACUAUCAACACUUUUCAGUUGUGAUACUGUAUAUGUCAGCUACCAGUGUUAUAAAACAAGCAUAUUAGCUCCCACUAAACAGUGCAUCUUGAUGCUGUUCCUCAUCCAAUGAGGGAUUGUUAUCAUAUUUACACAAGGUCUAUCGUUGAUCCAUAACAUCUGCCUUUUGACAGUCCUUUGUUUUCUCAGUGGAGAUGUACUGUAUUGCUUUGGCACAGUUUCAGUUUAGGGAUUUUAAACUUUAAUGAGUUAUCGAAUCACUCUCUGGUUUCAAGAUUAUUUCUGAUAAGGGCUGAAAAUGAUUCCCCAUAUGUAGUAUAUGCCUCCUUGCACUUUGUAAAUACAAACUGAUACAGUGAUUUUUCUGUUUUAAGGUUCUGUAAAAUGAAAAGUGUUGCAAUUGUUACCUGCUGAAUGAGAAUGUUGGGUCCAAUGACCUGCUUUGUACACAGGCAUUCAUUUCUUGAACUCAUUUUUUGAAUCAUAAAUAUGUAAUUUGAGAGUAAAAAUAAGAACUUACAUUUUUAUAUAAAUUAAAGAACUAAUCAAGGUUUUCGAUUUGUGUCAAUCUUCACACACCCUGACGUCAUGUGCCAUUUUAAAGUCUCGAUUGAAAAUAAAGCAUAUAUAUUUCA